AUGGCGAUAGAGAUCCUCAGAAAACUUCCGAUUAGAAGCAUUAUGAGGUGCAAGUGCGUUUGCAAAUCAUGGCGUAAUCACUUUAAGAGGUCCUACACUCCGGAACCCUGCCUCGCUGUCGUUAACCGAGACAAGCUUUUCCCGGUGUGCGAUGAGGAGUACGAGCCACUUUUCGGGUUCAACUUGCCUCCUUUCUAUCAUGCCCAUAAUCGCGUUGUAAUUGAUUCAGCUAAUGGUUUGAUUUUCCUGAGAGAUGGAUGCGCUAAUACUUUAUUCAUAUGCAAUCCAUUGACUCGUGAAUAUGCCGAGCUUCCUCAUCUGCCUUCGCGUACACACAGUUGCACUUUUGGAUUUGGAGUGAGCAAAUUAACCGGGCAAUAUAAGAUUGAGGAGAAGGGUUGUGGAGAAGCAUCGCAGCGACACCACCACAUGAAAGGUUUGUUUGGAUAUGAUUUCGAGGAAAAUUUCCGUAGUUGUUGUUUUCUCAACCUUAGAGCACCGGGUGAUUAUGCCGUAUUUUUCAAUGGAAAUCUUCAUUGGUUGGAAUUUGAUUCGGAGAACAAUCUCUUUGUUAGUUGCUUCGACCUUGAGGCCGAGCUAUUUACCAAAUUUUCUCUUCCGGAUUAUGAUGGCAGCAAACAUGACCAUUAUCAGCUGUGUUAUGGAGAGUCGGCUAUGUUUUUGCGAUAUCAUAUGGAAUAA